AUGACACUAGGCUUGAAACAUAUCGUCAUUACUGUCUCUGUAUUUUGGUUUGCCUAUUGCCAGCUUGAAACGGAAGAGCGUGAUUGUCCAGAUUUUUGGGUAACCAAUGGAAACUUCUGUUACUUUAUUCAUCCAAAUAGCAGUGGUGCGAUUGAAUCAGACUUAGCUAGCUGGGACGAUGCGCGGUCAAGAUGUCGGGCGCAGCACUCGUCAAGACUCCUAUACUAUGAUAGUGAGUCGGAAAGAAGAUUCAUCAACGAACAAAUAGAUCCUCCCUUUAGUCACGGAUAUUUAUGGAUUGGUCUGCGUCAACAUAAGACAGGUGGACCUUAUAUAUGGGAAAAUGGCGUAACGUUGUCAGACGACAACACGCACUGGGAGGCGGGACAACCGGACAAGCGAGAAGGUGAAGAGAUGUGCAUUGAUAUUUUAACUGGAGACACGAAAGCAACUGGAAUUUGGAGAGAUAGACCUUGCGCGGAUUUGAAAGGAUUCAUAUGCAAAUAUGAAUUAGGUGACUAUUUAAUUGCUAAUCGAUAA